GUGCUCCUCGCGUCGUCCACCGCGGAAGGACCCGUGCACGCGUGGGAUCUCAAGACGGGGAUGCAACUUCGCGCGUACAAGCACACCGCGUGCGGGCGCGGCGGGCUGACGCUCGUGGGCGACGACUACCUCGUCGCCGCGCACGUCGCGAAGUGCGCGCUCGAUGUCUGGACGCUGGACCGAGAGAGCUCGACGCACAGAUUCUUCGUCGGCGAAGCGAUCGGCGUCGUCGCCGCGUCGCCGUGCGGCGCGCUCUUCGCCGCGGGCGGCGUCGACGGCGGCGUCUUCCUGUGGGAAACGAGCACCGGGCGGCUCCUGCGUUCGUGGCCCGCGCACUUUAAAGCCGUGAGCGCGAUCGCGUUCGCGUGCGACGGCGGCGUCCUCGUCACCGGCGGCGAGGACACGGUCGUGACGACGUGGUCAGUCUCCGCCGCGCUCGACCCGGCGAGAGGCGCCGACGAGGCGCCGGCGUCGACGCACUCGUGGGCGGAGCACGCGCUGCCGGUCACCGGGCUCGCGAUCGCGCGCGGCGCCGGGAGCGGCGCCGCGUCGCUCGUGGUGUCUUGCUCCGCGGACCGCACGUGCAGGGUGUGGACGCUGGGGGGGGGGCAUCUGCUGCGGACGAUGCGUCUGCCGUGCGCGUUGACGUCGGUAGCGAUCGAUCGUUGCGAGGCGACCGUCUACGCCGGCGGCGCGGACGGGCGGAUCUUUGAGAUUCCGUUGCACGCGAGCGCGGCGAUCGCGGAGAGCCUGGGGGCGGACGACGCGAGCGGCGGCGGCGCGGCGGCGGUGUUGGAAGGGCACGGCCGCGCGGUGACGACGUGCUCCGCGGAUAACGAGCGACUCGUCAGCGCGAGCGAAGACGCGACCGCGCGCGUGUGGGACGUCGCGUCGAGGCAGACGACGCACGUGCUUCGGCACCCGAAGAACGUGCCGAUGUCGUGCGCGGUGUUGGCGAGGCGGGAG